CAGUCGCCAUGGUACUGAACAACACGGCCAUCACCACAACCGGAGGCGCCGUCGCCUCGUACACGGCCUUGGCUCUCGACGUGGCAGCUGUCCUCCUCGUGGCCGGGGCGAUCGUGUCCUCAGCGGGAAGGAAGAAGAGGAACGCCGCAGCUGCAGCGCUGACUGGAGCGGAGGAACGCUUCCUUCAGGAGGCUGUUUACAAGGUACUAAGCGACUUGGACGACGCUGGCUGCACGGCCUUGGCCCUGUGCGAAGCCUCCAGGACCCCGCCUGAGAAGAGGACGCCCGGGCACAUGGCCGUCAUCGAGAUCUUUAGCCCUCAGACAGGCGCCCCAGUAGCCUGGACGGACAUAAACAAGCCUAAAGCAAAGUACCAAUACGCGGCCUUCAUUGGUAUAUGGGCAGGGCUUACGUCGGCAGCCAACCAAUGCAGUGUUGCUUUCCCGACAUGUCCCCUCCCCUCCGAUGACGUCAUCAAAGCGUUGACCAACAAGGAACUGCCAUGUGGAAGUCCUCUCAGCAACAAUUUUUUUGACGAAGUAUAAACAAAUAUAGUCUUAGAGUGAGUGUAUUUUGCAAGUCUUGGAGUAGUAAGGAGAAAACCGAUGGUGCUGCGAUUAGUGUGUUGGUCUAGCAAUCUUGCAGACCUGCGUUC